UUCCUCAAAGUGUAAACAUUGGUUGUCGCAGUGGAGCGUUAAGUUGCCCCGAAGGUCAGGAAUGGCAAAAAAAGUAUCUUUAGCAUAGAGUUACGUUCAGAAGUUCAUUACAGACCAGCAACAUGUCCGUCAGUGUGACAUAGCUGCACUGGAGAAACGAUAAAGGCUUGCAUGCUUUGUGGGAAUGGGUUCCUUCCCUCUCUGGUCUAAAUGGAGAAUAAAGGGAGCGACGAGGUGGAAAAACUGAAGAAAACGUUCUUGUCAGCGUGGCAUAAUGUGAAGUACAGUUGGGUUCUCAAAUCAAAGACGUCGUUCAGUAGAAAUUCCCCAGUGCUGCUUCUUGGGAAGUGCUAUCAUUUUAAGGCUGAAGACGAUGACGGCCUGACCGAAGCCUCCUGUGAAGCUUCAGAUGAGGGCUUUGUCAUGGGAAACGUGGAAGCUUUCCGGAGGGAUUUUGCGUCUCGUCUGUGGCUCACGUAUAGGGAAGAGUUCCCUCCGUUGCCAGGCAGCCCCCUGACCUCCGACUGCGGCUGGGGCUGCAUGCUUAGGGCUGGACAGAUGAUGCUGGCUCAGGCUCUGGUUCUGCACUUCUUAGGCAGAGACUGGACCUGGACCGGGGCGCUGAGCCUCCAGCCCUUAGACACCGAGACGUGGACCUCCACCGCAGCCAAGCGCCUCGUCGCCUCUCUGGAGGCUUCUCUGCCGGGCUCCCCCAGGACCUCUGACAACGGACCAUCUCUGGAACCAUCCCAAAGCCAGGCCUCAGGGUCUGCAGAGGAGGCAGAUGCGCAUUUGAAGGAGAUGUACCACCGCACCCUGGUGUCCUGGUUCGGGGACGGCUCCGUGGCUCCUCUGGGCCUGCACAGACUCAUCCGCCUCGGCCUGACGAUGGGAAAACAGGCCGGGGACUGGUAUGGACCAGCGGUGGUGGCACACAUCCUCAAGAAAGCUGUCGAGGAAGCGAUGGACCCUGGCUUGGCGGGUAUAACUGCCUACGUCUCCCAGGACUGCACAGUGUACAGUGCUGAUGUCGUCGAUUGCCACAGGGCACCCGGAGCAGGGCAGGCCUCCGACGCAACAUCAGACACCCCUCCUUCAGCGCAACACGACCCACCAGCGUCUGCUCCGCCGUUGCCAGACAACCGAGCUGUCAUCAUCCUCAUCCCCGUGAGGCUGGGAGGGGAGAAGACAAACCCUGAGUAUUUUGACUUUGCAAAGAGCAUACUGAGUCUGGAGUACUGCAUAGGGAUCAUCGGAGGAAAGCCCAAGCAGGCCUGUUACUUUGUGGGAUUUCAAGAUGACAGCUUGAUUUACAUGGACCCUCAUUACUGUCAGUCUUUUGUGGAUGUCAGCACCAGCGAUUUCCCUCUCCAGUCAUUUCAUUGCCCAUCGCCAAAGAAGAUGCCAUUCAGCAAGAUGGACCCAAGCUGCACCAUUGGUUUCUAUUCCAGAAGCGCUCAAGAUUAUGCCAGAAUCAAGGAAGAGCUUUCCAAGGUGCUGCAGCCGUCAGCAAAAGAGAAAUACCCGGCGUUCACUUUCGUACAAGGUCACGGGAGAGAUUACGACCUGUCGGCGGGCCUGACCCCAGAGAAACCAGAGUGGCCCUUCAUCCGUGACACGCGGAGAGCGGUCACCACCGCCGGGGACUUUGUGUUGCUUUGACGGCCACGUUUAAAACGACUGGCGAGAGAGCGUCCCCGUAACGAGCCACGCCGCCUGGAAUCCCAUAGUUCAUGUAUGAGGCUUUUCUAAUACAGAAGUUUAUACGACUUUUUAAAACUACAUGAAUACUUUCUUCACACCCUUGAAAUUCGGUUUUCGAGGGGAAGACGAAAAGUUGUCACUCAUUGGUUACUCUGUCGUGGCCAAAGAAUAUGCACACACCUUUACACAUCUUGUGGUGCUCAGCUGAACCUAAACUCUACUUUUUUGAAUACACUGGCAUUCAGAAAAAAAAACAAGUUUUGUGCCAUUAUUUGUCAUUCUUUUUUAGACCGAAUGUUAAUAGUGUGGCAGUACGGCGGUGUGGUGGUACGCACUUUUGUCCCCUUUCAAAGGUUUCCAUUUCAGAUCUUAAUAAGGCCUUUCUGUGUGGACUUGGUCUCCAGAUAGCUUCCUCCUUUGCGUGUGAGGCAGAUUGGUUGGAAAGUUUGGAAAGAAAGGUGCUGGGUUGUCUUGUCUCAUCCGUGGCCCCAUGAUUGACUGGCUCUGAACUAAAAACAUGAUUUGAUUUGAAAAACUAUGUGAAUAAUUUGGCUGUUGGUGAUGCAAGUCUCAUUUGUCCUGGUAUUACACAGGCGGGUGCCACAAAUUCAAUUUACUAUAAGACGUUCAGAGCUCAGUUGGAUAAGUUAUCACCUUUAAAGUUGUUUUUGUGCUUCUUUUAUGAUUUAAGCUUAAGUGCACUGUAAGGAACUUUAAGUAUAGGUCAACGGACAUUUCAUGAACAAGACUCGAUGUGAAUUAUUUUGUUAAAUGAGUUUUCAAUGCAUUUGAAUGUAGUAAUCAAAGGUCUAGUACAACAUAAUCCACGGAUGUCACGUUUAUACAAAUCAGUGUUGGCUUUGAAGGUCUACAUCUAUGAGUAUUGAGAGUUUCUCAACUUAAAAGAGUAAAAGCCUUAAUAAGUGCGGGCCAAGGGCUAUCUGAAGAUAGACUGAGCUAAGUUAAGUUUCCCGAAUGACUCUACCAGGAAUAUUUCAUCAAAUAGUUCUGAAGCAUUGAAAUCAGAUGCAUGUACACAUGCUUUUAAGGGAGCUUUAGUAUUCCACCAACAUUUCUGUUUAUUCACACCGGAGCUCAGUUCUUCCUCUCUGCAAUCAUGUUUAACAGUGAAAAGGAGUUAUGAGAUUGUUGGCCUGAAUCUGUAUAUGUUUGAUUGUGUGGGUUUUCAUAAGUACACUAAUUUUUGACCGAGUUGUGCAUGAAAGCGACCAGCAGGACUACGAGUUAAAGGGGAAAUCCCCUUUGUAUUCAACUUCUGUUUCUGAUUGAUUGCACAUUUAUCGCAGCAUUUGAACUCUAAACACAAAAAGAUACUGAAAUCAAAUUCAGGGAAUUUUAUAUUUAAUCAGACAGAAACACACAGAUUACUAUGUUUGUAUUUUUCAUGCACAAUUAGAAAAGUUCCUUAUUUGAGCAUUUUUUUCUCCAAUUAUGUUUUUCAAAACAUUUUUUUUUUCAUCUAAUGUUCUUUAAAAUGUUUUCUGCUUGUUAUUCUUACUCUCCACCACUGAGUAAAAAUCUGUAGCUACGCACUACCCGCAGGUUAACAAAUUGUAGUUAAGAACUAACAGUCGACGAAAUGUCAGUCCAGCACUUGUAUUUGUCACUUUAAAAAAGUUCUUGUGAAUCAUUCUCAUGUGCUUUCUUGCAGAUUGACACCUGCACGAAAUAACUAUUUGCAUAAAUUCAAGUUGUUUUUUUUCUGAGAAAGGUUGUGACUGUGGGGGGGCAACAAAAGCUGAAUAAAGGUAGAGUAUUUCACUGUA